CCCCCUGGCAGCUCUGCUCCAUCCCCGGGCCAUCCCCUGGGUCUGUCCCUGCCUGGGGAGUGCAGGGCUGGGCUGUGUUCUCUGGCCUCUCCCAUGGCCCCUCAGCUCUGGCUGCACUCGCUCUUUACCAGAUGCAGGGAGGGACCGCACACAACAGCAGCACCCUGCCCAUGGCCGCUUCCGCAGGGCAGCGCAGGUACCUGCAGCCACCCCACCUGCGCUGGGCCUGAUGUCCCUGCCCAGCCCAGCACCAUGCUUGGAGCACUCCAUGGACUCUCCCUCUCUUCCUGCCCUUCUCCUGCAGCUGAUCUGUGAAUUCAUCGUGUGCCUUGGGCAGGAAGACACCACUGGUGUGGACAGUGGGGUCUUGGCAGACUUUCACCUCUUCAGUGCUGAGACCAGUGCUGGCAUGCUGGAUUUGCUUGUGGACAAGGGUGUCUCCAGUGCAAAGCAAGUGCCAGGCAUGGUGAAGUUCAUCCACCGCUGGCUCACGGCCAAUGAGUCUGCUGAGCACAGGCUGGACAAGUCCCUUCUGAAGCUGACCAAGGAAUAUCCCUCCAAUGUGGUGAUGACUCUCUUGCGUUGGGCCCCAUCAUGUGACAGGUAGAGCAGCCCCACCUGCCUUGAGGCCUUAGGCUUCACGGGCCCUGCCACCCUGGAGAGCCUGUCCCUGCUGACUGCCAGACAGGCAGAGACUUGCAGGGCUCUCUGGCUCCUGUGUUUUCCCGUGCUGCCAUGUCAGCCCCUGAGCCUGCUGCCACGCUCUCUCCCUGCCCUUUCGGGGCCUGUACCAAGCUGGGCUGGCUGGGUGCUGCCAGCCAGGGGCAGUGGCACAGGCAGGGCUGACGGCCAGCGCAGGCCCCUGCAGCUGCCCAGGCCAUGGUGCUGUGGCUGAGAGCCCCCUGAGACAGAGCUGUGACCCCGCAGAGCUGCCGCCGCCAUGUGGAGGGCGAUCAUGACCACGAGUAGGACUGCAGAGCCGGCGCUGCUGCUGCUCCUCGGAGUGCUGAGCACCUGGCCAGUGGACAGCGUAUACACCUCCGAUGGUGACAACACUGAUGUCUUUGCCCUGGCUGCAACCGUGGCACUGUGGAGGAUCUUUAGUCUGACCCGGUGCCCAGUGACAGUGUUGGAGUAUUUCCCCCAUCUCUUUCUGCGUCUGCUCUUCCAAAUUUACAUCAGCACACUGGAUACGUCAGAGGAGGUCGAUACCUUCUGGAAGGGAUGCCAGGAGCAACAUGGCCUUGCCACCGACCCCAACAGGUUUGCCUUGCACACCCUGAAGACCCUGCUCUGCCGACUGCAGUGUGAGCAGGUGGUGCUAGCCAUGGAACGCAAGUGUGGCUGGGACACACUGCUUUGUGCUGGCACCCACCACUAUGCAGUGGGUCUGCUGGCCAGGGAGAUGCGCCAUGCCUCCAUAAUCUGGUGUUACAGCAUUGCAUACUGCCUCUUCGACCUAUUCAGCACAGACAUUUCAGACUGGGAUCUGCCUGCCAUGGCCUUCCUUGUGGAGGUCCUGGAGUGCCUGGACUUCAAUGAAUGCGGUGACAGCAUCCUGGAGAUCAUGGCAAGGCACCUGCAGAGCGAGUCCAUGGAGAUGCGUCGCCUGGUGCUCAGAGGCCUCGUGGCGCUCAGCAGAGACCCCUGGAUGAGCGAAAGAAUGAACAGCGUGACAGAAAGCCUUGGGCACCUACUGCGGGAUGUGAACGAAGAUAUUGUUGAGAUGACCCUUGUUAUACUCAGCUUUCUGCUCUUGCACAAGGACCACACAAUAUCCAGCCCUAUUGCCCUGCAGAUAGCUGAGGCGCUCUGGCCACUCUUUGACAACGAGAACUGCCUCAUCCUGCUACUUUCCAUUCAACUCUUGGAAGAGGUGAUGAAAUCGGUAGUGGAAAAGGGAAAAAAGCACCUGAAGAGGCCUGUGACCCAGAGCCUGCUGCCACUCUUCUUCCAUUGCCAUGAUGAGAACCGGCCUGUGGCAGAGGCCUCUCGGCAAACGCUGCUGUUUGCUGUGAAAUUCCUGAACAGGAGGUAUCUGAAGCAGCUCCUGAAGACGGAUCAGAUGUGGAGGUUUGCCGAGUGCCUGCUGGCUGAGGACAGGAGCCGAGUGCCGGACCACCUGCACCGGGCCCUGCCCUACCUGAGGAGCCCACAGGAGCCCGUGCGAGAGGCGGCCGUCAGGUUCAUCGGGAUGGCCGGGCGGUACCUGACACCGCAGCAGCACCAAGAGCUCCAGAUCAUCCGCAGGGCCCUUCAGGACAUGACAGAUGACAGCAGCCCUGCCAUCUCGUGCCUGGCACUUCAAACGCUGUACAUCAACACAGCUGUACGGAGCAUUCCCUCCUCCCGACUCCAGAGGAUGCAAGACCAACUCCAGCAGCUCUGGAGGUUGCGGUAUUCCCUGUAUGGAGGUGGCUGCUUCUGCUGCAGCGCGAUGGAGAACUGAUCCGGGAGGCUGCAUCUGCUGGAGCCACCUGCGCCUGCAGGGAACACCUCUCCUCUGCCAGCUCUUCCUUUCAGCCCAGUGUAGGAAUGUUAAAUUGCUGUUGUCAUGCACAGAGGUCCAGGAGCUU